AUGGCGGCAGGAGAUAUCCAGCAUGACAUUCGGCCAUCAAGCAGUCAUGAUGAUGGCAAGAAUAAGGCAGUGGUCGAAACCAUUGUUGAGCCACCAGUUGAUAUUGAUCCGAAAGAGGAGAGGGCUUUUGUUUGGAGACUGGAUCUCUGUUUCUUAACUGUCGGAUUUCUGGGAUACAUGUUCAAAUACAUCGACCAGACGAACAUUAGCAACGCAUAUGUAUCCGGAAUGAAAGAGGACCUUUCCCUCUACGGCAAUGAACUCAACUUUUUUACCACUUAUUUUAAUAUUGGCUACAUCAUUAUGCUAUGGCCAUCUUGUAUUAUCAUUUCGCACAUUGGACCUUCAAAAUGGCUACCCGCAUGUGAGGUCAUCUGGGGCGUCUUGACAUGUUGUUUGUCUGUCGCAAACAGCGCACAACAGGUAUACGGCCUUCGUUUCCUCAUCGGAUUUUUUGAAGGCACUACUUGGCCCGCAUAUUUCACCCUCAUCAGCCAGUGGUACCUCCCUCAUGAAGUGGCUCUGAGAAUGAGUCUUUAUAACAUUGCGCAACCCGCUGGAGCCAUGGUAUCAGGUGCCAUGCAGGGUGGCUUGUCCACUAACCUUGAGGGCGUGCUCGGCCGAGCAGGAUGGAGAUGGGCAUUUAUUAUCAAUGGCAUAUGCACUAUCUUUGUCGCCCUGCUAGCGUUUUUCUUUCUACCCGGAUAUCCCGAGGCACCUAAUCCUUUGGCCAAAUUCUACCUAAAGCCUCGUCAGAUUGAAAUCGCCCUUGCGCGUGCUCGUAGGGUCAACCGAAAGGCACAAGUUGGUAUCACACUCAAGUCGUUUCUACGCUGCUUCACUUUCUGGCAACUGUGGGCAAUUGGCAGCGAGUCACCCUUUUGUAGAACCCCUCAACACAAAGAACUUGCUCUGACAAAUAACAUAGUUGCAUGGCCGAUUGGAGGAAACUUUUUGCCUUCCAACUACUACAAUCUCUGGCUCAAGUCCUUGAAGAACCCAGAUGGAACAGCAAGAUACACUGUCGCCAUGCUCAACUAUCUUCCUAUCAUUGGUCAAGCAGCCCAGUUGGCCGCGGAGGUACUCUACAGCAGUGCUAGCGACUAUUUUGGCAAACGUUUACCAUUCCUCCUUGUCCAUUCGGUUAUCAAUAUUACGUCUCUAUCUAUCUUGAUUGUUCGCCCCCAGAAUGAGAAGCUGUACAUGGCUGGUUGGUACAUGAACUAUACCGGAGCGGUUUCAAUGAUGCUUCUAUGUUCCUGGGCCUCAGAACAUCUUGCACAUGAGCCUCAAGUGCGAACCAUGCUCUUCGCAUCUGGCACUCUCUUCGCCUACAUCCUCAGCGCCUUCGUUCCGAUUGCGGCGUUCCCAGCUUCCGAGGCACCCAAUUGGCGUAUUGGAGCCAAGCUGUACAUGGGAUUCGCCAUCUUCGCCGUCUUUCUCUAUUUUGGCAUCUAUUUUGGUUUCAGAUGGGAGAAGAAACGGGCUAAGCGAGCAGAGGCACUGGAGAGACCAACCUCGACGGGGGAGGAAUCAGAGUCAAGUUCCAAGUAG